AUGGUGUGUGGUGAGCAGGGCUGGGCACAGCCUGCUUCCAAGGGGUGCUGCUACCAAAGCCCCACGGAUCUCCCUCCGUGCCACGACCACGGCAGCCUCAGCCGCGACCUGGAGGGGUCCUGCCAGAGUGAGCCGCAAGCUUGCCAGUCCCCGGAGCCGUGCCCAGCCCGGAGCUGCUGCUCCCCGCAGCAAAGCUGCAGCGCUGGCAAGCCCCGGCGGCGGGUGGAGGUGAGUCACGCACAGCCUGCCUGCCCCCCACCCGCGAAGAUUCACCGGCGGCCCCUGCAGCAGUACCGACCGCCCGUGCCCUGCCCGGAGCCCGGCAGUGCCCAGCCGCGGCGGCGAGUGGAGCAGUGCCCGCUGGAAGAUGCCGCUCCCUGCCCGCUCCCGGCGCCGCGCCCCCGACCGCUGCAGCACCGCUGCCCCUGCAGCUCCUGCAUCCCCUGCUGCCUGCCACCCAGCCAGCGCUGCGGCCCCUGCGCCCUGCCCCCACAGCACCAGCUGAAGCAGGUCACUCUUGUGCCACCCUGCCCGCAGAGGAAAUGA